ACAAAAAUAUAUUUGUAGUAGUUUGGUCGGUUCUGUAAUUCAAUAGAAGGAACAUCUUCUCCUUCUUCAAAGUAACCUGUCUGUCCCAUUCAGUUCAAUUCUUUUGUUCAACCCAAUUCUCAAUCCCACCAAUUUCUUCUCAAACCCUAACUCUUCAUCACCAUUUUUCCAUUAGUGCAUGCACUUUGCCACAAAAUAAUAUCUGAGCUACUCAACUUUUGAAACCCCUCAUUUUUUCAUUGAUUGAACCAUUUCUCACGUAUCAAUGACAAAGAGCACUGAUUCUGAGAAGUAUGUGGUUGUGUCUAAGGUCCGUCCGGGUUUUCGGAGAGAGUAUCUCAAUGCCUGUAAGACUCACUCAGAGAUCUGUGGUGGUUCGACAUCUCUCAGCCGAACCCGGCCAAGAAAGAACUGGAAUGUGGUUCAUGUUCCUGAACCUAUGAGGACAAGAAAUGGUGUGGAAAAUAUCGGUGUCGCACAGAAUGGUGUUUUGAGUGAAGAAGAUGCCAGAAGUGAAGUGGAGGAUGAAACAUUUCAACCUGUUCGUGAAAUUGGGGAGACCAGUAGAGAUCGCAGACUAAAGGUGUCAACUAAAGUAAAUAAGUUCAAACCUGCUUUUUCCAACUCUAAGAAGUUUCCCUCAAAGCUGAAGGACCUGCUAGCCUCAGCGGUUCUCGAUGGAUUGAAGGUGAAAUAUGUCCGCGGCAUCAGGGUGCGAAAACCUGGAGAAAAAGAUUCACCGGGAGUGAUCAAAACGACUGGAAUCGAAUGUUAUUGUGAUAUUUGUAAGGGAGUAGAGGUUGUGAGCCCGGCUAUAUUUGAGGUUCAUGCUGGAAGUGCAAACAAACGUCCCCCAGAGUAUACUUUCCUCGAAAAUGGGAAUACUGUUCGUUGUGUAAUGAACGCAUUUUUGAACAGUUCUAUAGACAAAAUGGAGGAUUCUGUUCAUGCUGUUCUCGGAAACUUUACUAUGCAAAAAUCAAAGUUCUGUUUGAACUGUAGAGAUCGCAAGGUUGUCUCGAGACUGUUCUGCAUUGCAUGCGAGGAGUUGAAGGCAUGUCAACCUAGUCCAACUCGUACAACUGAGACUAUUAUUAGCUGUGUUUCACCACCACCACCGUCACCGGCUAUCCCGAGGUCUCCAGAACCAGCUGAGCCUCAAAAGCCAUCGUACAAAGGAAUGAAGUACAGUGCAGCUAGUGAUAAGAGGCAUGGAAAAAUAACUAGAAAGGACCAACACCUGCAUAAGUUGGUCUUUCAAGCACUGGAACAUGGGGCUGAUGUGACAUACAUUGCUCGAGGAGAGAAACUAUUGGAUGGUAAAAUAAACCGUUACACCUCUGCAAUUAUGUGUAGUUGCUGUGACAAUCAGAUCAGCCCUUCUACAUUUGAAGCACAUGCUGGCUGGGCAUCCCGACGCAAGCCUUACCUGCACAUAUUCGCUGGUGGAGUCUCGCUACAUGAGUUGUCCAUUUCUCUGUUGAAAAAGCAGAAAAUUUCUAGGAGUGCCGACAGUGAUGGCCGCUGCAGUAUUUGUGAACAAGGAGGACAUCUUUUAUGCUGUGAUGGAUGCCCAAGAGCUUUUCACUUGGAAUGUGUGCCUCUUAAAUCUGAACCGCGCUGUAUUUGGUACUGCAAAUAUUGUUGUCAUAAUGUAUACCAUAACGAAAGACGCGAAGAGCGUAACGCAAAUGCUCAGGAUGCUGUAAGGGUUGCAGAGAUUGCUCCUUUGGAACAGAUAGCCCAGAGAGCCCCCCUUACGGUUAAUGAUACUGAGGCCGUAGAAGGUGGAUGUCCACUGUGCAGGGAAGAUGAUUUCCAACUAAAAGGUUUUGGUCCUCGGACAGUAAUUAUUUGCGACCAGUGUAAUAAGGAAUAUCACGUAGGCUGUUUGAAGGAUCAUAAGAUAGCUGACCUAAAGAAAUUACCUAAAGGGGACUGGUUCUGCGGCUCGGAAUGUCUUCAAGUUCGGACUGUCUUGCACAAUUUAGUGAUUCGCGGGGACGUGCCAAUUUCAGAUUCCCUCCUAAGCUUGAUUAAAAAGAAGCAUAAAGAAAAAGGUUUAAAAACUAACUACGGUCUUGAUGUGAAAUGGAGGAUUAUGAACUGGAAGUUGCUUGCUUCUGAAGAAAUUAGGGCAUUGCUUUCGAAGGCUGUUUCUAUCUUUCAUGAACAAUUUGAUCCCAUAGUGGAUGCUGAUACAGACAUAGAUUUCAUUCCAUCAAUGAUUUAUGGGAGGAGCAUCAAGGAUCAAUAUUUUGGUGGAAUGUACUGUGCAGUGCUCACUGUCAACAAAGAGGUUGUAAGCACGGGGGUAUUCCGCAUGUUCGGGCGAGAAGUGGCGGAGCUUCCCUUAGUUGCAACUAAUGCAGCUAGCCAAGGAAAGGGUUACUUCCAAGCCCUGUUUGCCUGCAUCGAGGGCUUGCUUGGAGAGUUAAAAAUCGAACGGUUAUUCUUACCGGCUGCUCAUGAAGCUGAGUCGUUAUGGACCGGGAAAUUCGGGUUUAUGGCACUAGACCAGGAUGAGACGAAUUUCUAUACGAGUUUGUACCGCGUGAUGAUGUUUAAUGGGGCAGCGUUACUACAGAAGCCGGUUCCUCGACCCGCCAUAACGGAGUAUGUAGCAGAAGAUCCAUUUGAAGCAUGUGCAAAUAUUUGGUGUGCAGAAGAGUAACUGGUCCUGUUGUAGCCAGCAUCAUGUUUGUUGUAAUAGGGAACUUAGAAUAAGGGUGUUUUUAGAUUUCAGAAUAAAGGAAACUAGGACAUGGGAUUUUCAGAAACUUGCAUGUUUUGGUGCUGAUUUUAUUUACUUGUCAUAAAACUUAGUCAUUUCAUUUUCUUGUUGUUGGUAUGAAUUUUCUAGGGGUUUCAAUAAUGUGUCUUUUCACACACCUUGAGUGGAACAAAAAUAUUUGGAAACUCAUGUUAUGUAUGAUUUUCUAUGUUAAUUUGAUUACUUGUGCUUUAA